AUGUCUGGACAGAGAAAGUAUAAGGCCCCUCCCAGCCACAUUCCCUGGACCCCAGGGCACUCCCACACCAAAUUCCCUUGCCCAGGCUCCCUAGGUCCAUCCCAUACCACAUUCCAUAGCCCAGGCCACCUAGAGCCCUCCAACACAAUCGGCCCUGUCUCAGACCCCCUAAGGCCCUCCCAUGCCACCGGCACUGCCUCAGGCCCCGUAGGGCCCUCCCAUACCACCGGCCCUGCCUCAGACCCCGUAGGGCCCUCCCAUACCCCAGGCCCUGUCUCAGACCCCCUAAGGCCCUCCCAUACCACCGGCCCUGCAUCAGGCCCCGUAGGGCCCUCCCAUACCCCAGGCCCUGUCUCAGACCCCCUAAGGCCCUCCCAUACCACCGGCCCUGCAUCAGGCCCCGUAGGGCCCUCCCAUACCCCAGGACCUGUCUCAGACCCCCUAGAGCCCUCCCAUACCACAGGCCCUGUCUCAGACCCCCUAAGGCCCUCCCAUACCACCGGCCCUGCAUCAGGCCCCGUAGGGCCCUCCCAUACCCCAGGACCUGUCUCAGACCCCCUAGAGCCCUCCCAUACCACCGGCCCUGCCUCAGGCCCCGUAAAACCCUCCCAUUCCACCGGCCCUGGUCCAGGCACCCAUACCUAA